CACUGCUUUCUAAAGAUCAGCUUUCCGGUUUUUUUGUUGUUUGUUUUUCUCGUUUUGUAACAAUAAUUCUGAUAAAUAACUUUCCAAAUUGAUUUUAGACCAUCUCUGCAAUGGAAAUGAAUUGCCUACGGAAGUGUGGUUAAAUAAUGCGGGAGCCGCCACGAAACUGAAGAAAGAGUGAAAGAGUGAAAGAGAGUGAACGAAAUCAAUGGCGAUGCGAUGCUCUACACAAAUUAACAUAAUUAAGUUGCCUCUGCUUGAGCUCAAUGAAAGACGAAACUCAAUCAACACCACAACCAGCGGAUAGCCAAUGCAAAUGAGUCCAAAGACCAACAACAUCCCAUUGAGGCGACAUCACUCACAGAGCCAAAAGCGAAAUGUGCAGCAUCACAGCAGCGGCAGCAGCAGCAACAAAUUUAAAGCCAACAAUUGCAUAAUAAACCCAUGAAGACAGCAGCAAGGAGAGGGCCACAGAGAGAGAGAGAGAGCAAGAGAGAGACGACCUCAUUUAAGCAAAAAUCGCAAUCGUUGAUCAAAGAUUCACAGAGACUCAAAGACAUUAUGGACCUUUGGGUGAUACUCCAUCAGGUGUGCCUCCACGUGCUGGAUGUGUUCAAGAUUUACCUAAAGUUUGCAUUCCUCACGCUGAUUGUGUACCUGGUGGCCGAGUGGUACAUCCUACGCUAUGGCGCGGAGCUGGAGGCCCAACUGGAUGCACAUCUGGUGGAGGGCGCCGAAGUGCCAGAGGACACCGCCGAGCGGGCUGCCUCGAAUAGCACUUUGGGCAAGGUGUUCCGAUUUGUGGUGAACUUUUUUAUCCUCUAAAGAGGUGAUGGAAACAGCCACUGGGGAGA